AUGUCGUCCGACACUGAUGAGCAAAAGUUUCGCGAUGACCAGGCGGUCGCAAAUUUUCGGCGGUACCUCCGUACGCCGGCGGUCCAUCCAAAUCCCAACUACGCCGACACCGUCAAAUUUCUCGUCGAGCAGGCGGAAGAGAUCGGUCUUCAACAUCGCACCUACGAGUACUUCGCGGGGAAGCCCGUUUUGGUGUUAACUUGGAUCGGUCAAGAGCCCCAGCUGCAGUCGGUGCUGUUCAAUAAUCACAUGGACGUAGUGCCCGUUGACGAGAAGGAGUGGUUGCACAAGCCAUUUGAUGCCGUGAUCGACGAGAACGGCGACAUCCACGGACGCGGCGCUCAGGAUAUGAGAUCCACCAGCAUUCAGUACUUGGAGGCGAUUCGCCGGUUGAAAAAGGACGGUGUUAAGCCACGUAGAACCGUCCACGUUGUCUUCAUGCCAGACGAGGAGAUCGGUGGAUUCCACGGAAUGGUGGCGUUCGCGGCGUCGGCCGACUUCAAAAGUUUGAACGUGGGGUUCGCCGUCGACGAAGCGUUCCCGAACGAGGAUGACGUGUUUAACAUCGCAAACGCGGAGAAGACCACCUGGCAAUUUCGCGUCCACUGUUCCGGACAACCGGGUCACGGCUCCCAACUCUACGACGACACCGCCGGUGAAAAGGUGGAGUUUGUACUCGACAAAUUCUACGGCUAUCGAAAGGCGAUGGUCGAAAAAAUACAAGAUCAGCGCGCCGAGGAAAGCGACGUCAUUUCGAUUAAUCUGACGCAGAUACAGGGGGGAGUCCAAGCGAACGUAAUUCCCGACGAACUCGUGUUGACGUUCGACUGUCGCCUUCCAGUUCACACCGACGUCGAGGAGUGGGAGGUGACGCUGAUGAAGUGGUGCAAGGAGGCGGGCGAAGGUGUGUGGAUCGAGUACAUGCAGAAGAAUCCGUUAUCGGCGGUGACCAAGCUGGACGAAACGAAUCAAUACUGGGUUGCCUUUAAGAAGGCGGCUGAAAAAAUGAACUUAAAGCUGAAAGUGAAGACCCUCAUAGGAGUCACCGACAUUCGUCACGUACGCGCCUUGGGAAUACCCGCCAUCGGUUUCUCGGCGCUCUACAACACGCCAAACUUGGAGCACAAAGACAACGAGUUUCUUAACAUCAAUAUAUUUCUAAAAGGCAUCCAAAUUUACUACAAUCUCAUGCCUGCGAUUGCAAACGCUUAACAAUUAAAUAAAACAAUAAAUUAAUCA